UUAGAUUCACAAUAUAGUCAUGCGCAAAAUGAAGUAUUCAGGUAUUCGAUAUGCACAUGUCUAUUAGUAGUUAUAGUUAGUAUGUAUGUAGUAGGCGAUUGAAAGAGAAUCUGUAUUCGAAUAUCAACGAAGAAUUAAAUUGAAAAAGCUCCAUAGAUGUUUCAUUCCAAAUACUCCACUCGAACACCACAAUUUAUGGCGACGAGGAUUAAAGUGGAAAUGGACUAAGUGGAAACUGUGCUAGUGAAAACCUUCAACAUUUCCAGUUCCACGUGUGAGGUGAUAUGCAAAAAGACAUUUCCAGUUCGAGAGACACUAGUCCAAAUCCGGUUUCGGGCAGAGUUUCGUGGAUUUACGAGUUAAAUAAACAAGAACUAACUGACGAAUUGCGAAAAUUAGGUGAAAACGUCUCAGACAGUGAAAGUUUCGAAAUUCUAAGGCGACUGCUAAUAAAAAAGUGGCGCCAUUUGCAUGCAGGUGCAGAUAACGUUUCCGACAGUGGUACAGAGAGAGAAAAACAUAGCGUUCCUUCGAAAUUGUCAGUGCGUGCCUCGGUGCGUGCAAUAAUGACAGACAAUAAAAUUUCGUUCACACUGAAUAAGGACAAUUGGGAUGUUUUCAUUGAAAGACUUGAACUAUACUUCGAAACACAGGAUAUCGACGAGAAGAAAUAUAGUGCCGAACUCCUCACGCGAGUGUGCCAAGAAACAUAUAUAAUUUUUCGUAAUUUAGUUGCACCAAAGAAAACCAAAGAAUUCAAAUUCGGAGAACUGGUGAAACUAAUGAAAACUCAUCUUAAUCCAACGCCAUCCGAAAUUUCCGAACGCAACAAAUUCUACAAUAUAAAACAAUAUCCGAGCGAGUCAAUAUCAGAGUUCGUCUCGAGAUUAAAAGAAAAUUCCUUGCACUGUAACUUCAAGGAAAUUGAGACUGCUCUGAGAGAUCAAUUUGUUUGCGGACUUCUGCAACCUGAAACGAAAAUCGAACUCUUUCGUCAAGAAAACUUGACUUUUCAAAGUGCCGUGGCCAUCGCAGAGGCGAGAGAGAGCGCAGUCAAAAAUUCCCUGAGUUUGAAGAAAGAAGAAACUAUCCACUUCGUAGAAAAAAAAGGCUUCAAAAAACAUAAUAACUUCAACAACAAGGCAGACAGAAACAGUCGAGAGCGAGAGAUGGGUCAACGGCAAUUUCACCCCGAGAGAGAAAGGGAUGGAGCAUCACGCAGGUAUGGGGAUGGAGCGAAUCGAGAACAUGAAGACAGAAGAGGAAGGCAGAAUGAAAGCAGUGUACGCAGACGUAGUAGUGGUACAAACGGUAACCGUAGUUCAAAUGUUCAGGUAACCUCAAAAAAUGUGACAUGUUAUUGUUGUGGAAAAAGAAAUCAUUUCGCUAAAGAUUGUAGAUAUAGGUAUAAGAGUUGUAAUUAUUGCCAUACCAAAGGUAAUGAAAAGGUAGAUGAAGUCUAUAAUAAUGAUGACAGUAACGAUGAGUAUGAUUUUUAUUAUUUGAACAAAAAUGAAAGAAAGAAUGUGAGUAUUUCGACUAUUUCUAAUAUUACGGCAGAUCCUUUGGUAUUCGAUGUAGAAAUUGAAAACGAAAUUGUUAAAAUGGAACUUGAUACUGGUUCAUAUGUAAGUGUUAUAUCUGAGUUUACCUUUCGAAAAUGCUUUCCAAACAAACAAAUGGUACCUCCUCGUAUGAAUUUAACAACAUAUGAUCAUUCUAAAUUAGCCAUUAAGGGUAUUAUAUCAGAUUUGAAAGUGAAAUUCAAUAACUGUUAUUAUAAAUUGGAAGCCUACAUUUUACCAGGUAAUGGAAAAAAUUUGAUUGGUAGACAAUGGUUCAAAGUUUUUGGUAUGUGGCCUCUUCAAUUACCAUCAGCUAAUUCUGUGAACAAUUUACAAUGUGAACAUGCAAAUCUUAUGAAAUAUUUUAGUUCAAAGUAUCCUUUAUUGUUUUCGGAUAAGCAAGGGAAUUUUUCAGGUAGGAAAAUACAACUUAAAUUGAAAGAGAAUUUCAAACCGGUACAAUGUAAGCCAUAUCGUGUGCCAUUUGCCCUGAAAAGUAAAGUGAGUACGGAAAUUAAAAGGUUAGUAGAAAUUGGUAAUUUAGAACCAGUAACAAUCAGUGAGUGGGCUACACCUGUAGUUCCAGUCAUCAAAGGUGAUGGAGUAAGACUUUGUGGUAAUUUUAAAAUUACUGUGAACCCACAAUUGAUUAUAAAGCAACAUCCUAUACCGUUGAAGGAAAAAGUAUUUCAAACUUUAAAAGUAGGUAAGAAAUGGUCUCAGAUUGACUUGAAGCAUGCUUUCAUGCAAUUCGAAAUUGCAGAAGAAAGUCGAGAUCCAUUAACAAUUAUUACUGAAGAUGGAUUAUUCAGGUAUAGAAAGUUGCCUGAGGGCAUUGCUUCAAGCCCAGCUGAGUGCCAGGAUAUACUAACGGAUAUAUUGAAGGGUAUUGAUAAUACGGAAGUGUACAUUGAUAACAUAUAUUGUACUGGUAGAACAGACAAAGAACAUUUACUCACAUUGGAGAAAAUAUUUUUCAAAUUAAAUGAAUAUGAUCUCAGGGUUAACAUAAAAAAGUGUGAAUUAUUUAAAGAGAAAAUCGAAAUUUUAGGCUACUUGUUGGACCAGGAAGGUUUGAAGCCUUAACCUGAGAAAGUUAGGGCAAUUCAAAAUUUGCCAAUGCCAAAGUCUAAAAAAGAAUUACAGGCUUUUUUAGGCUUAGUGAAUUUUUAUGAAAGUUUCUUAGAAAAUAGAGCUGAUAAAUUGAAAAUUUUGUAUGAUAAACUAAAGGAUGAUAACUUCAAAUUAGACAAGAGGUGUAUUGAUGCUAUUAAGUGGGUUAAAUAUCAAUUAUUGUCAGGUAAAAUCCUAGUCCCAUAUCAACCGGGUAUUCAAUUAGUAAUUGCUUGUGAUGCAAGUUCUACCGGGCUGUCUAGUAUAUUGUCUCAUAAAUUUGCAAAUGGGGAAGAACGUCCAAUUGCAUAUGCUUCAAAAAUUAUUCCAAAGAAUGAACUUCAUAGGUCAAUUCUAGACAAAGAAGCAGCAGCCAUUGUAUUUGGGUUUCGUAAGUUUUACCAUUACUUGAUCGGAAAUGAAGUUAUACUCAGAACAGAUAACCAGCCAUUAAAAUAUAUAUUUGGUGAAACAAAAAAUAUUUCAUCUAUUGUUCAUAACAGAUUAAUUCGUUGGUCAUAUUUUCUUGCUGGGUUUAAAUAUAAAAUUGAACUUAUAUCAACUAAGAGAAAUGGGAACUGCGAUGCAUUGUCAAGAUUGCCAGUGGCUGAUGAUACAAGAGUUUUUGAUUCCGAAUUAGGAGUUUUGAAUUUUUUGGGAAAAGAUUGUCAGCUGAUCAACUUAAAGGUAAUACAGAGGGAGACUCAAAAAGAUAAAAUUUUAAUUAGCGUUAAAAGAAAGUUAACUUUAGGUUGGCCAGAUGAUGUAAGUAAAUUAUCGGAGGAGGAAAGGAAAUAUUUUGAUAAAAGGAUUGAAUUGGGAGUCGAAAAAGAUUGUAUUGUGAAGGGAGUGCGUGUUGUUAUACCAGAUUGUUUAAGAAAAGCGGUUUUAGCAAAAUUACAUGAAUCACAUUUUGGUGUAGUCAGAAUGAAGCAAGUAGCAAGAUCUUAUUUUUGGUGGCCGGAAAUUGACUGUGAUAUCGAAAAUUUAGCUAAUACAUGUAAAAUAUGUGUGAGUAAUAGUAAAAGACCUGAGAAAAUAUCUUUUAUGAAAUGGCCAUACCCUACUAAUGUUUGGUCGAGAUUACAUGCCGAUUUUUUGGGACCUUUCUUUGGUCGCAUGUUUUUAAUUAUAAUAGAUGCCCAUUCGAAAUGGCCUGAAGUUUGUGAUAUGGGGACGGUUACCACAUCUGAGAGGACAAUAGAAAAAUUUGAAACCUUGUUUUCUAGGUAUGGUAUUUGUGAUCACUUAGUUACUGAUAAUGGUCCUCAGUUCACAAGCUUUGAAUUUAAAAGAUUUCUAGAAUCAGUGGAUGUUAAUCAUUCGUUCUCGCCACCCUAUCACCCUGCGACCAAUGGCGCAGCUGAAAAUUUUGUUCAAACUUUUAAGGAUAAAGUAAAUAAAAUUGUUUCUUCUGGUAAAACGUUAAGAGCGGCAAUAAACUUGUUUUUAUUUGAUUAUCGCACUAUGUUUCACCCAGUAACAGGCAUUUCGCCUGCAGAAAUAAUGUUUCAAAGGCCAAUAAAAAGUAGAUUCAAUUUGUUCACAAGUAAAUUGACUGAUGAAGUAUGUAAAAAACAAUGGAAUUCGGUUGAAAAGGAGGGUAAACAUAGAAAAUAUGAUUUUAAAGUAGGAGAUAUAGUAAUGACAGAGGUACUUGGUAAUAAGAAAAAGAAUGUAAAGUUAGAAGGAAAAAUAAUAAGAAAAUUAACUCCUGUUACGUUUCAUAUAGAACUUAAGACUAAUGGACAAAUAAUUAAAAGGCAUGUUAAUCAGUUUAUAAAAUUAUAUAAUGGAUUGAAUAUUGAGAAUUGUGAGGAUAAGAAUAAAGCUGAUUUGUUAAUUAGGAGAUCUGAAAGAUUAAAAAUGCAAAAUAAUACAAAUUGAAAUUGAUGAUGUCUUUGUAAA